UUGUCUCCUGCGCUGCGCCUUCCCCAAAUUUCCUGCUUUCGCCGAAUAAAUAGCUCUCUCUCUCCCUCUCUGAUGAAUGAAUGGAUGUCUUCUGUCAUUGCCUUUUAUAUGUUUGGUGAAGGCCGGUGGAAUUGCUAGUUGGGGUUGGUGCGACCGAACCGAAUUUCUAUGUAAGGAGGAUUCGUAUUGUACACAAAUAGGAUCGGAUCUGAUCGGAUCUGUUCUGUUCUGUUCUGUUAAAUUGUUUCUGAAACAAUUUCAAGAUCAAAAGAUGUCGGUGAGAAGAAACCCGCGGCUGAACAUUCCAAUUCCGAACCGUCAGGCGCUUCACAGGCUUCCCUUGCCACCGCAGAACGGCGGCGGAGUGGCGGCGGUCAGAACGGUGGGGCGGCAAGACGUGGAGGAGCUUUCGGAUUUGGAGCGCCUGGAGGCGGUGGGGCAUGGUAGCGGAGGGAAAGUUUACAGGGUCCGUCACAAGAAAACUUCGGCGGUUUAUGCCCUGAAGCUGAUCCACGGCAACCAUGACCAGAACAUCAGGGGGCAGAUAAUUCGGGAGAUGGAGAUCCUGAAGAAGACGGACUCACCCUUCGUGGUGAAAUGCCACGGGAUUUUCGACAAGGGGGAGGAGAUCCAUUUCGUUCUGGAGUACAUGGACGGAGGGUCGCUUCAGGAUGUGGCGCAGAAGAGGCGUUUGCCGGAGGGUUUUCUGGCGGAGGUGGCCCGGAACGUGUUGGAGGGGCUCAAGUACCUCCACAGGCAGAAGAUCGUUCACCGGGACAUUAAGCCCUCGAAUCUUCUGCUCAACCGGAAGCAGGAAGUCAAGAUUGCAGAUUUCGGCGUUAGCAGAAUCCUGUCACAGACUCUGGAUCCGUGCAAUACAUACGUGGGUACCUGCGCGUACAUGAGUCCCGAGAGGUUCGAUCCCGACAGCUAUGGAGGCCGAUACGACGGGUACGCCGGGGACAUUUGGAGCCUCGGCCUCAGCCUUCUCGAGUGUUUUACCGGCCAUUUUCCAUUCCUGGCCCCCGGACAGAAGGCCGACUGGCCCACUCUCAUGUGCGCCAUCUGUUACGGGGACCCGCCAUCUCCGCCUGCUUCUGCCUCUGCGGAUUUUCAGAACUUCAUUCGCUGUUGUCUGCACAAGGACGCCAGAAAAAGAUGGACUGCUGCCCAACUUUUGGAACACCAGUUUAUCAUCAAAUCCCGCACCACCUCUUGCUCUUUGUCGACGUCUAUGCGGUCCCUCACAAUCUGAUUCCAUUCAUAUUGUUUUCGCAUUAAAUUCAAUUUCCUCUGCAAUUCUUUCUGUCUCAAAAACAGAGGAUUUUAAAAUUUCAACACCCAAAUUUUGGGUCGAGAUCGAGUAUGUUCAGGGGGGAUGGAGGAACGAGUGAACCAAAGAAGACGGCCCUUCCUUUCAUAGGUUUUUACUGUACAAAAAAAUAAAAAAGACAUAUACUAUUUUACUGUGAACUGUGAAGCAUUUCUGUAGUUAUUUAACUAAUUUUGCCCAGCCCGGACGGCCAUGGCACCGGAUGUUUCUGAUAAUGUUCAAUAUUUUGACUAAAGCAAAAUUUCCAUUAUUUUAAUCUGCCUUGGCUUA